AUGGUGACUAUAAAAAUUUCCAACUGUUUAAUUCAUUAUGAAACAAAAUUACCUGAAUAUGAAAGAGGCAGCAUACAAUGGGCUUCCAAUAACUCUAUCAAAAGAUCACCUCACCCUAUUAAGCAGAAGCAUAUGCCAUCCACAUUAGAAACAAUUAAACUUUAUUUUGUGGUUCCAGAAGAAAUUUUUGAUGAUUUUCAGUGUCAGAGAAUUACAACAACAGAUAAGGACAAUGAAGAAAAGGAUAUUGAGAAGAUGUCUAGAACACUCCAAAAAGUGGAACAGUAG